AUGUUCCCUAUACAAUUUGUUUUUUUAAUUCUUCUCAAAUCAAUUCUAAUUCAUAGUGAAUCGUUCACAUCAACAACACAUUUAACUCAAUUAUUAAAAACUGAAAUAUUAUUAGCAAAAAACUUAGAAAUAUAUUUAAAAGAAGAAUACGAACGAUUAGAUCAAGUAGAAAAAUUUGUAAAUGUAAUCAAAGAUGAAAUUCGACAAGCACAAGGAAAUGAAGAAUAUUAUUUUGGUAAUCCAGUUAAUUCAUAUUUAUUUAUCAAACAUUUAACAGCCGAAUGGUAUAAUAUCGAAGAAUUAUUACCUGCUAAUUUUUCACAGAAAUUUGGUACCAAUGCGUUAUUUCCAUCAUUUGAAGAUUAUACAGGAUCUGCUAUUGGAUUAAUGCGUUUACAAGAUACAUAUAAAUUAAAUACAAGUCAAUUAGCGAAUGGUGAAAUAAGUAAAAAGUUUAAAUCAAAAGAAUUGAGUGCCUUGGAAUGUUUUGAUUUGGGACGUGUUGCAUACACAAAUGGAGACUUUUAUCAUACAUUAAUGUGGAUGCAAGAAGCGCUCGAUCAUCUAAAUAAAGAAACUAAUAAAACAUCGAUAAAUAAAAUUGAUAUCUUAGAUCAUCUUGCUUAUGCAACAUCACAACAAGGAAAUGUUGAACAUGCUUUAGCAGUAACUGAAGAAAUGCUUACAAUUGCUCCGGAUCAUGUUCGUGCAAAUAAUAAUAAAGUUUAUUAUGAAAGUGUAAUAAAAAAUCGAACAUUAACUAAACAACAACGUAAAGGUGAUGUGAAUACGAAUGAUAAACAAAAUUUAAAAUUACUUCCGACAGUUUCACAAACGAAAAGUUAUAAAAUAAAUAAUGCACGACCUGAUGAUUAUAUGGAAGAACGUGAAAUGUAUGAAAAACUUUGUCGACAAAAUGGAACACAAUUAAGUCCAAAACGUCAAGCAAAAUUAUUUUGUCGUUAUCGUCAUAAUAAUCAUCCAUCUCUUAUUUUACGUCCUGUUAAAGAAGAACAAUUAUUAGAUCAACCAGCUAUUUUUCUUUUUCAUGAUGUUGUUAGUAAUUCAGAUGUUGAAGAAAUCAAAUCACUUGCAUCACCAAGAUUACAACGUGCUGUCGUUCGCGAUUUUGUGACCGAUACUUUUAAACCAGCUGAUUAUAGAAUCAGUAAGAGGUACUGAAAAAAUAAAGGAUGUAUUUAUUGUUAGUUGUUUACACAUGUAGUAAAUUGCACAUUGUGUUGUUCGGAUGAUUUUAUUUGUAGUUGAAUUUAUAGUAGAAUGUUGUUUCUGUUGUGUAAAAUGAAAGAUCUAGAGAUAUUUGAGGAUUUAUAUAGAUCAUUAAGUAAACAAAAAAUAUGAUUGUAACAUUUUCCUCCAAAAACAAUCCUUCAAUGAAUACGAAGGGUUUCUAAAAAAAA